AUGGAAAAAGCAUUACCAAGGAAGAGACUCCAUCAAACACGAAACGACUUAUCAAGAAAUGAUAAACAACUGUUUAAACUACAUUUAAAGCUAAGUUAUAUACUAGAAUGGGAAGAUUGGGAAAAGAUCGACAUAAUAACACUCAGUAGAAUUGAAUCAACACCACAGACUCCGAUGACAAAUUUGAAACAGACUGUAAUCAAACUCUCAAAUCGGCCACUCACGGUUAACGAAACGAACUUACUAGCUAAAGAAGGAAAUUUCAGCAUAACCCUACAGACAACACCUACAGAAGAAAUCAUUGCCAAUAUAGAAGACGGAAUUGAAAAACUACCACCUGAUGUCAAAGAAGUGGUAUGCAGUGAAUCUGCAAGAAUUCUACGGAAAGCCAAACCACCAAAAAGCAAUAUUUCAAGAGGCGAGAAGGCAGCUAUAAGAAGAAUGCAACAGUCGUCAUGA